AUGGGCGACUACGAGAGAAGGCGUCAUCAUGGUGGUGGUGGCGGCGGCGGCGGCUACAACAACAGAAAGAGAAGGUAUCGAGACGACGAUGACAACGAUCACCGACAGUCGCGACGAAGAAUCGAUACCGCACCUCUCCCCGUGAGAGUUCGUAGACAACUCCUCUCUCUCGCCGAAUCCCCGCUCCGACGCUGGCACGAAGAGGUUCAAGGCAUCGCGCACGUUAUUGCCGACAAUGCAGAGGACUCAGAGCUCCGCGAGAGCUUCAUCGGCCUCGUCUUACAGCUUUCAUUAGAACAACCGCUCAAGACACCAUUCGUCGCUGGUGUGAUUCUUCUGGUGAACACGCUCAAGCCUGAGAUAGUGGACGAGGUUCUCACUAAGUUGAGCGCUGCCACCCAAGAGAAGAUUCAAGCUGGCGAAUGGAGAGAUGUGAAGCUCUAUCUCAAAUUGCUUGCAUGCCUGCAGAGCUCUCUGGAUGGCGAGGGAAUUUUCCCCGUUCUCGAGGAACUGUUCAGCCGAGCAGUAGACUUGCAAACCGCGAGCUCAGAUGACACAAUUGGCACCGAACUUGUGAAGAUCAUUCUUCUCACGAUUCCGUACAUCAUGUCAGCAGCACCCGAUCAAUGGCAGCAAAAGGCCGCCGACCUGAUGGACAAAACCGAAAUCAUUGCCUCGGAGCCUCACGCCCUGCAAGCGCUGAUCGAUCCAUACCUUCCCGAGAAGCAAGACGAGCCCACUGGUUCCAUGAGCUUUAUCGGCAUGCUCCAGAAGCAACUGCAGCAUGAAGCGGCAAACGGCUGGGAGCUGUCUUGCCUUCCCAGGCCCUGGAAGCUACCCCUGGAGGAGAUUGAAGCACAGGAGAAGCUGGAUAAUGCUACGAAGCACAUUCUCCCUACCAUCACAGUUCCCGAGAAGAUCAUCGCUGGAUCCAGACCGCUGUUCCCCGAAGUCUAUUAUUCGGUUUACAGCACUCAAGACGUCGAAUCUGUGCCGCCUGUCACGGAAAUUGCUGCAUCGUUGGUCAGAGAUGGCUUGGUUGAUACGAUCAACAUUCUCGACUUCAACCGCAACGUGACUGCGCGGUAUCUCAUUGACCUAGACUGCUACUUCUCCGACUCAACUUUUGUCAAGCGUGCGACUCCAUUUGACAGACUCCGAGACGUUGAAACCGGCCGCUCCACAUGGAAACCUGAGGAUGUAGCGGUUGAUGCCGUGUUUUCGCAACUCUUCCAGCUUCCCGCCCCGGAGCACAAACUUGUCUACUACCAUUCAGUCCUCACCGAGGCCUGCAAGAUUGCACCUGCGGCUAUCGCCCCCAGCUUGGGUCGAGCAAUCCGGCACAUGUAUCGCAACUCUAGCCGAAUCGACAUCGAGCUCUCUCAGAGGUUCGUUGACUGGUUCUCGCAUCAUUUGAGCAACUUUGGCUUCACCUGGAAGUGGACGGAGUGGGUGGAUGACGUAUACCUGCCUGACCUCCACCCUCAGAAGGCAUUCAUCAUCGGGGCCUUGGACAAGGAAAUCCGGCUCAGUUUCGCUCAGCGUAUCAAGGGCACACUGCCCGAGCCAUACCAAUCCCUGAUUGGGCCCGAGAAGGAAAAAGAUGUUCCGGAUUUCAAGUUCAAUGAUGAGAGUACACCAUUUUCUGCAGAGGGACGGGAAAUUGCUGCGCUGCUGAGACGUAAAGCACCUGACGAAGAGUUCCAGCCGAUCAUCGAACGGAUUCAUUCGCUUGCGAUAGAGCGCAGUUUGGAUCCUUUGGUGACAAGCACCGAUGUCUUUGUCACAGCCGUUUGCUGGGUUGGCUCCAAGUCGCUUAGCCACGUGCUUGCGUGUAUCGAGCGCACCAAGGAUCGUCUGCUCGAUGUUGGCGCGGCAUCUGAGGCGGCUAAGGCCCAAAUCAUCACCGCAGUCAUGUCAUACUGGGCGGCACAGCCCGGCGUUGCGAUCUCAAUCGUCGAGAAACUCCUGAAUUACUCAAUCCUUUUGCCCAUUUCGGUUAUUGAGUGGGCUCUCGCGGGAGGCAGUCACGUGCCGGGACAGUCUUCGGGUGACUCUUUGGGGCAGCCUCACGUCUUCGAGCUGGUGUUUGGGACUGUGUCAAAGGUGACUGGCCGGGUCAGACAGCUUCUGACGAAGGAAGCCGAAGCUGAUGAGGAUGCAAAGGAGAGAGAGACCAAGGCGAUGCGCGAUCUCUUCAAAGCGAUGGAGGAUGCGCUCGUUAGCUGGGCCUCCGGCAGCAAGGAUGAGAUGAUGGAGGAAAUCGACGGUGCCGGUCAACGCGAUGCCCUGCUACGCCGCUGGGGCGAGCGAUGGUUGAGGGUGUUCCGCCGAAGGUCUGCCAUUGAGGAGGCAUUCAUUUUGGAGGCUAACAAAGAGCAAGCCGCGCCUGACGAUGCCGCCUGA